AUGCAGAAACUAGCGAAGCGGGCGGCCCAGGCGCAGCGCCAGGCGUCUCGCCGCACGAGACUCCAGAUGGAGCAGGAAAAUGUCGACACCAAGCUUCGAAGCCGUCUUGCACUCCGAUCAGCAGUCGAGGAAGUCCGACAAAAUCUCAAAGACGCAAGAAAAGCCCGGAAAGAAGAUUGGGAAUUGGGGCCUUUGGCGCCUAAGCGAGACCUAGGAUUUAACGACUACGGCGCCUUCAAGGAGAAUGUGCGACAGGACUGGUCAAAUUAUGGCCUGCACCAACCGAACCCGAAAGUGAUUGAGCAGCGCUGUGCUUGGGCUGGAGGCGUGAAGCAGCUGAACCUUGCGCCUGGCGACAGAGUGGUUAUUCAGGAUGGUCCGGACAAGGGCAAGAUUGAUCGCAUCAAGUCGGUCCAGCCACAAUCCGGAACCGUUACUUUGGAGCACCGCCACCAGGCUGUUGUUCAAGGCAUGUUUGGCAACCCCAGUCGACCGCAGCCCAUGCCCAUUUCUAUCGCAUCCGUCCGCCUCGUCUACCCGAUGACGAACCCCGACACAGGCGUCACCCGAGACACCGUCAUAAAUCAGCUCAAGGCGGUACCUCCGAACAUGCAGUCCCCAAACAUGUCUUUGGACCGCUGGCAAUACGGCAAGAAGUGGGAUCGCGUGGUACCCGGUCUCAACGUUGUGAUUCCUUGGCCCGAGGUCGAGGUCCCAGAAUUCGAAACCAUGCCUGCGGACACUGUUCGCGAGCAAGUUGAAGACAGAUCAUUCUACUACGGACUGUUGUCACCACCGAUGCCGGAGCAGGUUGUGGACGAGCUGAGAAACAAGUUUUCAAGAUUCAGAACAAGACACGAGGCGUGGUACAUUGAGAAGAAGGAGAUGGAGGAGGCUUUGAAGAAGGGCCGACAGGAGACCAUCAAGGCUAUGCAGACACCAUUGGACGAGUUCCACGAGAAGAACCGGGAAGCUCGCGCGGAGCAAGGAGAGCCGGAGCUGUCAGAGGAGAUGCUGACCAAGAUUGGCGAGUUUAUGGCCAAGAAGAAGUCGGCGGCUUUGGAGAAUGCUGGUGUGUCUGAAGUAUCAGCAGCACCGGUAUCUCCCAAGGAUGAUACCAAUGCGCCACCGACAGCUCAGUAA